CCUCGAGCUAAAAGCAUCGGUCGGUGCAUCGUCCGGCUGUGUGAAGGGACUCGCGGCGCGCCGUGUGAAACGUGAGAACCUCCUCUCCCGGUGCUCCGCGGGAGGGACAAGCCGAGAGAGAGACCCGACACAACCGGGCUGCGUGACCAAAUUCGUGCGCGUCGCCGGCACGCUCUCGUCGGCGUCUCCUCGGCGAGAGGAAGCCUCCAAAUCGCGCGGAGAUCGCCCGUCCGGUGAACGGUCCCGACCUGAACGCCCGCCAGAGAAGCCCACCUCCCGUGUCCGCGCCUCAGCCGUGUGCCUCGGCGGCGCCUUCUUCUUCGCGCCAGCUUCUUUCUCCGCGAACCUCCCUUCGCGCGCGCGCCGCGGCCACUCGCGACUCGCAACUACGGUUCUACGACCGCAACGAUGACCGCCGUCUCUGUGUGAUGUACGUGUGAGAGAGAAAGAGAUAGAGAGAUAAAGGUGUUCGCCAGUAUUCUCUCUCGUCUGUCCCGCCACCGCGAGAUAGCCCGGAGGAACGGCCCGAGGAAGAAGGGUUGUGUAGACGGAGAGUGGCUGCGGGACUGCCGAAGGUGUGACGUAUCGCCGGAAAGAUGUUUCGUGGCACGUGGCACCGAUGGUCGGUGCUCUUGCUGCUCCUGCUGGCCACGCGUUACCUCUCCGUCCACGGCCAGUGCGGAUCGUACGCCCAGGACCGACAGGAGAAGCAGGACAAACAGGACAAGCUGGCACUCUACAAGGUUACCCUGAGGACCUACUGGUCGAGAGCGCGGUUCCCGCGACAUUACCCGGAGUGGAAGCCCCCGGCGCAGUUCGGCAAACUGAUCGGUCGGACGCACGACUCGACUUACACUCUGUAUAGAUUAGGCGAGAGGCUGUCCACCGGCGCCAGGUUAUACGUGGAGACCGGCAGAGCCGACGGACUCGACACCGACGGCGACUCGCCCAACAGCCUGCACUCCUUCACGGGCCCGCCGAUACCUCAGGGCGAGGGCACGAGCGUCACCCGGGCCUUUUUGGACGGCAAUCACACCCUGAUAAGCAUUAUGGCGCGCAUCAAUCCCAGCCCCGAUUGGUUCGUAGGCGUGGAUUCCUUCCAACUGUGCGUCGAGGGCAAUUGGGUCGAUACCGUUACCGUGGAGCUCGACCCGUUGGAUGGGGGCACGGAUAACGGCUUCACAUUCACGGCUGCCAACUGGCCGACGCAGCCCCAAGGAAUCGCUUACAGGAUCACAUCCCGAUAUCCGGCACAUCCCGCGGGAAGCUUCUAUUAUCCGAAUCUACCUCGUCUACCGCCGAUAGCCACCAUCACAUUCACCAAGCUGCGCGAGUACACCCUGACCGAAUCGUAUCACGAAGACGACGUCGAAGUGGAAUUCGUCAGCAACGACAAUCUGCAAGCGAACAGCGAGGCUCCCAGAGGAAUCGAUCCGUUUAGGGACCUAAACGAGGCCAUAGCCGAGGAACGGAGAGAAAUGGACACCCAGAGAUACAGAUACUGGAGUACGACCGGAAGCGGUCAGCAAUACGUGACUGACGUUCCGCGGGAUAACAAGGCGGCGAUCAUCAACAGCAUUGCCUCAUCGUAUGCACUACAGAGGCCGAGGUUCCCCGUGACAACGGUGUCCCCUAAUGCGAAAGUCACCGACGACAAAAUGCGAUACAUCUAUCAGGGGAAGUUCGACUGGCCGUAUUAUCAGACGUACAGGCAAUCGGCAGAGGCGCAGAAGGCGCAAAUCUUCGAGGACAUCCAGAGGAAGAUGGCGAACGCGUCGAGCGUGUCGAGUAUGGGUUAUUCGUUCGUAAACACGACCAACUUGGCGGACCAGCGCCAACACCGACUCAGAAUGAAGCAUCACGGGUUGGCAUCCAAGGGCAAGCGAGUUAGAACACGUGCACCCAGAGAUUGCAAGGUCGGCGAAUGGGGUCCGUGGAGCGCGUGCAGUCGCAGCUGCGGGGUAGGCGAGACCCAGAGGACGCGGAAGGUCACGAUAAAGCCCCGUCGAGGCGGCGCACCCUGUCCGCCGCUGAAGGAGACCAAGUGGUGCGGCAGCGUCAACCCGUGCUCGGAAAGCAAACCGAUCAUAGACUACCAUUGGUAGUCGUCGUCCGCGUCGGACCCCUUCCACGAACACGUGUACCAAAGUGACUCGCUCGCGGGCGAAAGGUCGAGCGGGCAGACGGUAAUUUUCGGCGAGACGAGCGAGGAGCGCGACCGGAAGAUACGCCGCGCCGCGACGAGGAUGAUUAACGGCGACGGGACGCGACCGGUGAGGGAGGAUCGUGCGACGAGAAAUAACACGAGUAUCUUUUGUAUCGAGAGUCGGAUCUCACGAUGAUCGAACAACGCGCACACGGGAAAAAAGAAUUAACUCCCCCAGCCAAAAACUAGCUGUCCAUACGAUACAACUGAAAUUUAGUUAUCAGAGUUACCUAGUUUCUAGCUGUGAGAGCCGAUUCUUAUGGCUAUAGUCGUACACAGCUAUGUCACUAUAAUCGUACACGGAAAAAAAGAAUUAGCCCCCUCAGCUAAGAACUAGAGCUAGUGACUAAGUUUCAGUUGUAUUAUAUGGACAGCUAGUUUUUAGCUGCAAGAGCUAAUUCUUUUUUUCCACGUAUUUACGGGGGAGACUUAUGCGCGAAAUCCGUUUUGGACGAUCUGUGAUCCGCGACAGGACUCGAAACGAAGUCCCGUCUAAUUUGAAGCACCAGUGUGACUGAAAUGUAAGAUGACGUUAUAGAAGAAGAAUCUCGCGUUACAUUAUAAUUGUACACAGAGGAGUGAAAAUUACAUGCGACAGUGAGCGGCAGCGCGCGAUUGUACCUUCCUCGUUAAUAUCUUAUUGUCAGAUCUGUCAUCUUGCGGUUUAUCAUCAGUAAUUUAGGUACGUUCAUACAUGAUAAUCUAAUGAGAGUGUAUUACGGAUGAAAAUUGGAAGAUUGCACUUUGCGAACGAGGCUGCAAAACAUGACGAACUGUGUACGUAAUUAUCGAAAAGUUUCACGUUGCAAUGAGAUUUCCCACCUAAGUUUCAUCGCCAAUCACAGAUCGUCCAGAGUGAGUUUCAAGAGGCAUUUCGCAUAGCUUGACAAUAUAUAUUACACUCGAGAAACUUCGUAAAAAAAAUAUCGCGGACUUUUAAGAUAAAUGAACUAAUAAUUAACACAGCGACCAUUGGCAACGGACGAUGAGAUGCAUUUUCUCGCAGGCAACUAAAAUAAUAAUCAUGCGCGAAUGACACGCCGAUAUAACAAAUAAACUCGUUGUAAUUGAGUCUUGCUAAAUAGCGGCUGUGAUAAAGAUGAGGUUGAACAGAAUCGCGCAUUCAAAUACGCCGUUCUGUAAUAUUUACGAUCGCGAUCUGAUAUUUCCAACCGCCGUGUAAUUUCGCGACGAGAGAGCAGCGAAACAUUAUCAUUCGGCGAUUUUACCCUGCUCGUUUAUAUCCAUCGACGUUUGAUGUCACGCUCACAUCGCAGUACACCUAUGCGCACAUCUCGCUCCAGACUCCGAGCAUUGAAAACACAAAGAUUACCAAAGAGAAAUCCAAAUAGCUGCCACGCAUUGUAUCGCGUUUCCACGCGUAUGACUAAAAUGCGUUUGAGGCUCAAUUUUCACUCGUCCGAACGUUUGGAUGUCCGGCUCGAUUUCGACUCUUUUUUUUUCCUAUUUUUUGUUUUCAAAGUAAUUGAACAAUCGACGCUUGUUUGCUGAAUUUGUUGUUACCGAAAUCACCAUAAAAAAAAAGGUAAAAGAGUGAGGGAGAGAAACACGCAGCGCAGAUGCCAAACAUAUCUGUCUGGAAUGCAUCUAUCCCUCGCUGUAAUGCGAACUGAAUGAGAAAAAGAAAAAUAGUGCGAGCUUUAUCUUUAAACUCGUGAAAAAAAAAACUAUUCAACCGGAAAUAACAACAGGCGACGCUCUACGACGGGUGAAAAAAGAAUGAUCUAGUCAUAUCGAGACACGUCUCUCGCGCGCGCAAUCGCCAAAGAGAUUUGGAUUAAUUUCUAUACGUUAGUUCGAUGAAAAAAUCGCCGUCCGAAAUUAAAUUAAUCCUCGACUUCUGCUCGCGUCAAAAGCGGGUUUAACGAUCGCCCGGGACGAGGUAAUAACACGUCUCGGCUUUUGCACGCGAUCGAAAGAAGAAAUGAACCUUUGUAUAAUUGGAAAAUUGGCUCGACUUUCCGGAAGAAAAACGUUAGGUGCAAUUAAGCUGACAGUUUAAUCGCCGUACAAAUGACGGACCGCGGUGUGAUCGGCGAACUGCACGGUCAGGUGCGAGGAAAUUCCUCGGCGAAACUUAACCAUCGCGUGCAACAUCGAAGUCUGGCCGAGAUUAAGCCGACAUUCCCGAACGUACGUUACUUAAAGCGAAGUUUUUAUCGGACCGCUAUUCUCCGCCGCGAAACGAUCGCGGAGGCGCGAGAGUCGCAAUAGCGUACGUAAGAGAACACCGUCGGAAUCUCGUGGAUUGGAUGAUAAACUUUCUUCGCUCUUAUUAACAUCGUUACUAGCCUCGUGUUUCUUUUACGCGCCGAUUGAAACUGUCAAUUCCUAAUUAUACAUAUUGCCAUUACGAUGUAAACUUUAGAUAGUAGGGACGAAAUUUAGCAGAGUCCUUGCGCACAAUACAAGUCACUAACGAAGUUAAUGAUGCAAUUAGCAUUUUAACGAGAGAUAUUCUGAUUCAGAUAUUUAUAUAUAUUUUUUUAAUCUCUUUCCGUUUUAUAAUCUUUAUCUCGAUAUGGGAAAAGCAGGAAGAUUCUGAGCUCUCUCUCUCUCUCUCUCUCUCUCUCUCUCUCUCUCUCUCUCCCUCUCUUUCUCUCUCUCUCUUUUUCUCUCUGUCUGUAACUUUCGUUUUUUACUGUUUUUGGCACUGUUCCCAAAAAUUAACUCGAGAAGAUUCGAAACGUCAUGCCAAUGGUCGAAGAAAUCGAAAUACUUCCCGCGCGGAGAAUGUAAGUUCGGCGUACGCCGAACGUAUCGGAUAAACGUCAGGACAAUUUCCAGCGCGCGACGCGCGCUCGCAUAGAAUCCUGGACAAGAUCUCGCGUAGGUGUUUUUGCAUAGCGUCUCCUCGCUCGACGACGCCGAAAGAUACCAGAGAAUAGAGAAGGAACCUAUGAAGCGGGUUUCGCAAACGUUUUUUCUCCACUGUCACCGAGAGGACUGCGUCUCUCUUUCUCUGUCCCUCCUCUUUUUCUCUCGUUCCUUUUCUUUCUGUCCUUAUCUCUUUCACUCUUUCAC